AUGGGCAAGGUUCUCUCUCGAGUUAACCAAGUGUUUAAAGAUCUCCGUCAGACUCCCUCAAGAAUCCUCAUGGUUGGACUUGACUCUGCAGGAAAGACGACCAUAUUGUACAAGAUCAAGUUAGACGAGAAUGAUAUCGAGACUGUACCUACUGUUGGCUUCAACGUCGAGACGGUCACCGUUUGCGAUAACGUCACCUUCACCGUGUGGGACGUCGGUGGCCAGGAGAAACUGCGUAGAUUGUGGACCAUGUACUUUAAAGGCUCUGACGGCAUCAUAUUCGUUGUCGACAGUUCCGAUAAAGACAGAUUACCCGCUGCGCGCGAGGAGUUAAAGCACAUGUGCAAAUCCCAAGAAUUAAAGGGUGUGCCUUUGAUGAUCAUAGCUAAUAAACAGGAUGUCAAAGGUGCAUUAUCUUCAUCCAAGAUCGCCGAUUGGCUGGGCCUGGGCAAAAUCAAGGACAGGUAUUGGUGCGUCCAAAAGGCCAGUGCAACACGUGGAGAAGGUUUACUUGAAGCUAUGACAACUAUGGCUACACUGGUGAAAAACUACAAGAAAGGGAGCAAAAAAUGGAAGAACUCAAGCUAUAUUUAA